AUGCAGCUUCCAUGGUUAAUCUACAGGGCUUUACACGAACACCGUCGAAGAGGUUGGGAUCAGUGGUCUGGAAAUGGAGCUUGGCUGCGAUUUGCCCGAUUGCUGCUUCCCUGCUCAUGUUUAUCAAUAUACAUAAACAUCUUCGAAAUCAAAUAUGUUUCUUCCGGCCACUGCCUGCUUUGCAGAUGGAUGGCAUUCCUCAAUCACGAUUCGCAACUGGCAUUGAUCACACCGACGAUUGGGCAAAAAGGCUGCUGCCGGAUAGUGGCGGAGGAAGAACAUUCAAUCAAGGCAGAAGCAACUGAACCUGUUGAGUUCGGGACAGAGCUUCAGACAGACAGACAGACUGCAAUCUGCCUCAAAGAGCAAACAGUCCAUAAGCUUCCGUUGAAUUCAGAUCCUUCAUCAAUGGAAAAAGGCAACCCAAACGCCCCUCAACUAUGCAACUGGUAG